AUGGAAUUCGGAUGGACGAAGUCGUCAGAAAAACACAUAAGGUUCUCGUUGACAGCAGAAAAGAAGCACGAAAAAUCAUGCGGGCAGGAAGAAAAGGCCACUUUAGUUUUGCUGAGAAGGCAACAGAGAUCCCAAGAGGAAGUCGGUGAGGAAGGAAUUCGUCAAAUUUGUCCAUCGCUAAAAAUACCAUUUGAUCUCGAUAGGCAACUAUAUGCUGAGCUUGAUAAUGACGACGACAUCUCUCCUUAUUCUGGCGGUGAAAAUCGUGUUGCCGGUGAUCUCACUAAUGCUGUAGGUUGUCCUGAGAAAGAAGGACACUUGAGAAAGAGACUUAAAGAGAUUGUGCCCUACAAUGGUAAAAGCGUUUCAUUAGAGCCAUAUGCUUUCGAAGAUAAACUGGACACUAGGCGUAAAUGCGCUGGAAAUAUGAAAUAUGGUUCAGAGAAGAUUUUUGACAACGUGUGCUCGAUGUUGAAAUGGUGCGGUGUCGACUAUUUGCUAUGGAUGGUACAUCAUUGUUUCAAACGACGUGCUCCUGUUCCAAUUCGAAAAGCUGACACCGUAAUGACCAGUGCUUCCUCUACGGUUGCAUUAUGUCCCGAUGGACGAUGA